UUUCAAUUUACGAUAUCUCAACUGUCAGUUAAUUUUUCAUUUUAAAAAUAAAAUCACUUACAACAAGAAUUGAUAAAGAAUAAAAAGUAAUGUCGGAACUGGAUGAUAUUUCAAUAUCAGCAUCAACAUCAGAUUCACGAAAAUCUGUCAAACAAAAAAAUUUUGGUGGCCCUGCAAAAAUCGGCCCAAAUCAUGAACUAACACUCGAACAAAAAGCCGACUUGAAGUUAGCUUUUGAUUCGUUCGAUUCUAAUGGAACUGGUUGGAUUGGCCUUGAAGAAUUGCGUGUUGCCAUUAGUGCACUUGGCUAUGAAACCAAAAUGGAUCAAUUACGAGCAAUGUUAGCUGAAGUCGACAAAGAUGCUAAAGGAAAAAUUUCCUUCGAUGAUUUUCUUCAUAUCAUCGCUGGAAAAAUGUCACAAAAAGAUACAAAAGAAGAAAUUUUAAAGUCUUUUCGAUUGAUUGAUGUUUCCAACACUGGAAAUAUCUCAUUUGAAGAUCUUCAACGAGUAACUUUGGAGUUAGGGGAGGAUUUAAAUGACGAAGAGCUGCAAGAGAUGAUUCAGGAAGCAUCCUCGAAAACUGAUGAACCAGUAUCUUUUGAAGAAUUUAUAAAUAUCAAUAAGAAAUAUGGUGGUCUUCAAGUUCAUGCUUACACGAGGCACAACUAAUAUGAAGAUUCUGUGUAUCUUAAAGCCCUUUCUUUAAUAAAAUAAAUUACUAUUGGUUUGCAUUCACUCGAAACAAAAACGCAAUUUCUUUACUUCUG